AUGCUCAAAGCGAUCUAUUCAGCACAGAAGAAGCUUACCAAAUACUACACAGCAACAGACAAUAAUCCAUACAGUUCAAUUUAUGCAAUUGCGACUAUAUUAUGUCCUUCUAAACGGCUUCGAUACUUCGAUAAUGAUGACUGGCGAGGCAGUAACGAUGAUAACAUCCAGGUAGACUGGAUGAAGAAAUAUCGAGAUAUUCUACAGAAAGAGUUUGAUCGAUACCAAGAGCGGAUCCAGCCUCAAAGAUAUUCCACUACUGAGCAAGCCCAGCAAGGUAUAAUUGAUAAGAAUGAUGAUCUUACUCUUCUUAUUGAUCCACACACAGCUCUACAGCCAGAUGUUGAUCAACCAGUCGAUGAGGUUGCUGAUUAUCUAUCACAAGGGCCUUCAAAGGGUAAUCCUCGCAGAUUUUGGAAAGAGCAUAAGCAUAAGUAUCCAAUGGCACGAGAUAUUCUCGCAACGCCUGCUAGCGGUGCAGGUGUUGAGCAACUAUUCAAUUAUGCUCGCGAUAUCUGUCACUACCAACGUGGACGUCUCAAACCAGAAACCAUUCGAGAGCUGAUGCUACACUCCUUCUCAUCUAAGUUUGAGCUACAACAAGCUGAACUUAAUAGGAUCAAGGAGCAUCUUGAAUUCGGAGAUGCUCUUCUGCUGGAGGAGUCAUGGAAGCCUACAGUACUAUGCAAUGAGAUUGUUCCAAUAAGCGACGAUGAGGAAGAGGGUUGUAAAGAGUCAGAGAUACAAGAUGAUUCCGAUAUUGAGCAAGAUGCAUCCUCAACACAGCCUGCUACUCAGGGUCAACAAACACAACGAAAGCGAUCAUAUACUGCAGUUACACUCCAUGAUCUUAGUGAGGAUGAUCAGCCCCAUUCUUUGUCGUUGGUUGAAGAUACCCAGGUUCGAUCAGGGAGGAUCGGGAAACAGCCAAAGCUGCCAGCUGGUUUUGAGAUUGAUAGGUCAUAG